AUGGCGGGUGUCCAAAAAGUGUGCCUUAAUAAUUUAAAUAUAAAUAUAAAAAAUGCUUUAAUCAUUGGUAUUAUAAUAGCUAAAAAUAGUCCUCGCACAAUAGGUUCUAAGAAAAAAAAUGGUGAAACACGAGGGGUUAUGUCUUUUACAUUACGGGAUUCUGAUAUCGAUACUAUUAAUGUAGACGUAUGGGGAUCUGAAUAUUUUGUUAUAACUUUUUACGAGAGAUUUCUUGUUGGUGACGUCGUGGAAAUAUCGUCUCCUAAAAUUUGUGUUAAAAAUGGAAAUAAUGAGACAUAUCGACCUCAGGUGAGUUCUCCUUUUUAUCUCUCACUCAAUGAAGGCCAAUCUGAAGUAAGCAUAUUUGAUGGAGACACAAUCGGAAUGUACUUACCGCUUUUGCAUAUUCCUACGAAACCUAGCGCUGGAUAUUGCGGACUUUCAGAAGUUGUUAAAUUCCAGGAACAAAAUGGUGACGUGUACGUAGAUUUACUCGUGGUGGUUAAGUCUGUAAAACCCGUGAAAACAAUUAAAACUAAAACCGGUGCAGAAAUGUCAGUCCGAUCUAUUGAAAUUAUUGACAACACGACCCCCGCUUCGCUUAUUCUUGAUAUUUUUGAUAUUGAUACCAUUAAAAGGGCGGAGGCGUGGCGGGCGUCGGAGAGUGUGCUGUUCGUGGCGGACGCGCGAGUGUGCCGGCGCGCGCGGGCGGUGCGGCUGCAGGCGGGCGCGCGCUGCGUGCUCACGCACCAGCCGCACGCGCCCGAGGCCGAGGCCCUGCGGCUGCACGUGCGCAGCGGCGGAGAAGCCGCUACCUGGGCAGCUUGGAGCGGGGAGCGAGCGUGUACUGCCUCCGUGUCACAAAUACAGGAUCGUCUUAAGUCUGGAGUUCCAUUUUGCGCUGCACUACACGCAAUACUAACACAUGUUGAUUUGGAUGAAAUUGUAAACACAGAAGGAAAUUUAGAUGAAUUGAGAGUACGCUUCGCAGACCACACGGGCGAGCUUAAUGCACGAUUACCUGUUAAAGUGUUGGAGGACGCAUUCGGGUACUCGGUAGAACAGUUAAAGGCAAUGUCAACAGAAGAGAGAGGAGCUACUCGUUGGAUGUUCCUCUUGGAGCAAUGCAGCGCUAAGGUCGCGGUGACUCCGCCGCGUCUCGUUAUAGUGACGCUCCGGAAAGCGUCACCUGCCGAUCCAAUACCUUUGUACUGA